AUGUCCUCCGGAUCCCCCUCCCCCCGUCCCGACGGAGGAAGAGGCUGGUCCACCCCAUCUCUCACGCCCCACAGCGGCCGCUCAACACCGCGCAGCAGCGAGCUUCUCACCCCGGCCAGCGUAUCGAGCAACAUCUCCUGGGCAUCCGCAAAGGCCAAGAGCGAAGAGAUCCGCGGCUAUCCGUCCUUCGCGACGCGCAACAACGGCUUCUUUUCGCGCUCGAAGCGCCAGAUCUCUGCCACCCUGCCGCGGUGGCGCUCGCCCUCGGGAUACGACGACUAUGCGGAGAAGGAUGAGAAGGGCGCGUAUCCGUAUUAUGGGGGUGCGCCUCGACGUGGGUGUUCGCCGUUUGGAUCGGGGAGGAGUGUGCUGAGGCGGAAGAGGAUGAGGUUGGUGGUGGUGCUGUUGUUGGGGUUGGUUGGGUAUUUGUAUCUGUGGAGUGCGAUCGUGGAACGGUAUCGACGAUCGCCCUUCGGAAACGGACGCAAGUUUGUCAUCGUCCUCGAGUCCAAUAUUGAAGGCGGGGUGAUGGAGUUGAAGGGCGCGCGCGAGUGGGCCGUCGAGCGCAACAGCAUCGCGAAUAAGGCCGCGUAUGCGCAGCGCUGGGGUUAUGACCUGGAAAUCGUCAACAUGCUCGCCAAAAAGCGGUACUCGCACGAAUGGCGCGAGGGAUGGGAGAAGGUCGACAUCCUCCGGGAGACGAUGGGCAAGUAUCCGCACGCGGAGUGGUUCUGGUGGAUCGACCUCAACACCUGGGUCAUGGAAGGUUCCUACUCGCUGCAAGACCACCUCUUCGACCGCCUCAGCGACAUCACCUACCGCGACAUCAACGUCUACAACCCCCUCAACAUCAGCCACCCGCCAACAGAGCCCUACCUCGACGAGGUAUCCCGCUCCGCCACCGGCGACGGCGACGUCUCCUCCAUCAACAUGGUCCUCACCCAAGACUGCGGUGGCUUCAACCUCGGCUCCUUCUUCCUGCGACGCUCGCUGUGGUCCGAGCGCCUCCUCGACAGCUGGUGGGAUCCGAUUCUAUACGAGCAGAAGCACAUGCAGUGGGAGCACAAGGAGCAGGACGCGCUCGAAAACCUAUACAUCAGCCAGCCGUGGGUACGCAGCAGCACCGCCUUCCUACCCCAGCGGUACGCCAAUGCCUUCCCACCGGGCGCCUGCGGCGCCGGCGGCGAUCCCGAAGUGCACUACUCCGAAGCGGAGCGGGACUUCGUGGUCAACAUGGCGGGGUGCAAAUUCGGACGGGACUGCUGGGCGGAGAUGCACGAGUAUCGCGAGCUCAGCAAGGAGCUGAAUCGGACGUGGUGGGAGCUAGUGAUGCCAUCGUCAUACACUCGCCGGACCACACGCGCAGCACUCAAUCCACCAACCCUCGACCUGACCCUCACCUCACCUUACCUCAAACCGAAAAACAAGGGUCGAAGGAAAAACGAACGAAAAAUGCCCACCCCCGAAUCCGCCGCCUUCCUCGCGAAGAAGCCCACCGUGGCACCGACGUACGACGGCGUCGACUUCGAGGACAACGUCGCCGUGCACAACGCCCGCGACGCCAUCAUCCGUGAGCAGUGGGUGCGCAGCAUGAUGUCGAGGCUGGUGGGCGAGGAGCUGGGCAAGUGCUAUCAUCGGGAGGGGGUGAAUCAUAUGGAGAAGUGUGGGGUUUUGAGGGAAAAAUACUUCGAACUGCUCAGCGAGCGCAAGAUCAAGGGUUAUCUGGGACAGGAGAAGAACGUGUUCGAGAAGGCUUGA